AACGAUAUUCGGUUGUAUAUACUUUUCAAAAAAAAAAAAAAUAAUUUUUACGUAUUCUAACGAGCGCACACACAACGUCUAUUAACAAUGGCUGAAGUUGAACAAUUUGCUUUUCAAGCUGAGAUCUCUCAGCUUAUGUCAAUUAUUAUCAACACAUUUUAUUCAAAUAAAGAAAUUUUCCUUCGGGAAUUAAUCUCUAACGCUUCUGAUGCUUUGGAUAAGAUCCGCUAUGAAUCACUUACCGAUCCUUCAAAACUUGAAUCUGGACGUGACUUAUAUAUCAAAAUUAUCCCUGAUAAAGAAAAUAAAGUGCUUAUCCUCCGAGAUACUGGUAUUGGUAUGACAAAGGCUGAUUUAGUAAACAAUCUUGGUACUAUUGCUCGCUCCGGUACUAAAGCUUUCAUGGAAGCUCUACAGUCUGGUGCCGAUAUAUCUAUGAUUGGUCAGUUUGGUGUGGGUUUCUAUUCUGCCUAUUUGGUUGCUGACCGCGUGCAAGUUAUCACUAAACACAACGACGAUGAACAAUACAUUUGGGAGUCUGCUGCCGGUGGUUCCUUUACCAUUACACGUGAUCCUAAUCCAACGCUUGAACGCGGAAGUGAAAUUCGACUCUUUUUGAAGGAAGAUCAGCAAGAAUAUCUUGAAGAACGCAAAAUUAAAGAAAUCGUUAAAAAACACUCUGAAUUUAUUGGCUAUCCAAUUCAACUUGUAGUUGAAAAAGAAGUAGAGAAGGAAGUCGAAGAUGAGGAUGAGAGUGAAGAGAAAGAAGUCAAAGAGGGCGAAGAAGAAGAACAAAAAGCCAAGAUUGAAGAAGUAGAGGACGAAGAAGAAAAGAAAGAAAAGAAGAUGAAGAAGAUUAAAGAAAAAACCAAGGAAACCGAAGAACUUAACAAAACCAAACCAAUUUGGACCCGUAAUCCUGAUGAUAUCUCGAAUGAAGAAUAUUCAUCAUUCUAUAAAUCACUCACCAAUGAUUGGGAGGAUCAUUUAGCUGUCAAACACUUUUCUGUUGAAGGUCAACUUGAAUUCCGUGCAAUUCUCUUUGUUCCUCGUCGUGCUCCUUUCGAUCUGUUCGAGACAAAAAAGAAACGUAACAACAUCAAAUUAUACGUCCGUCGUGUCUUUAUUAUGGAUGACUGUGAAGACUUAAUUCCAGAAUACCUUAAUUUCGUAAAGGGUAUCGUGGAUUCUGAAGAUUUACCUCUCAAUAUUUCUCGUGAAAUGCUUCAACAAAAUAAGAUUCUCAAAGUUAUUCGUAAGAAUAUAGUGAAAAAAUGUAUGGAGCUCUUCUCAGAAAUUGGAGAAGACAAAGACAACUUUAAUAAGUUCUACGAAGCUUUUGCCAAGAACAUUAAACUUGGUAUCCACGAAGACUCCACCAAUCGCGCCAAAUUAGCAGAAUUCCUUCGUUAUUUUUCAACAAAAUCUGGUGAUGAAUUGACUUCCCUAAAAGAUUACGUUACGCGUAUGCCAGAAAAACAAAAGGACAUUUACUACAUUACUGGUGAAAAUCGUCAAGCCGUAGAGAAUUCACCUUUUGUUGAAGUACUCAGAAAGAAAGGUUAUGAGGUCUUACUUAUGACCGAUCCCAUUGAUGAAUAUUCUGUAUCACAACUCAAAGAAUACGAUGGAAAGAAAUUAGUAUGCAUUACUAAAGAAGGUCUUGAACUCGAUGAUGAUGAAGAAGAGAAAAAGAAACGUGAAGAAGAAUCCAAGGAAUUUGAUGACUUAUGUAAACAAAUCAAAGAAAUUCUUGGAGACAAAGUCGAAAAGGUUCUUGUUUCAAAUCGUAUCUCAGAAUCACCUUGUGUUCUCGUUACAGGUCAAUAUGGCUGGUCUGCCAACUUUGAACGUAUUAUGAAAGCACAAGCCUUAAGAGAUUCCAGCAUGGCUUCUUAUAUGGCGUCCAAAAAAAUUAUGGAAAUUAAUCCAAAUCAUCCAAUUGUUAAAUCUCUCAAGAGUAAAGUGGAAGCUGAUAAAAAUGAUAAGACAGUAAAAGAUCUUACAUGGUUACUUUUUGAAACUUCACUUUUGCAAUCUGGUUUCACUUUGGAGGAACCAUCAUCCUUCGCUGGUAGAAUCUUCAAGAUGAUUAAGCUUGGUCUUGAUAUCGGUGGGGACGAACCCGAAGAAAUGGAAACUGAAGAGUUGCCAGCUCUCGUUGAUCCUGCUGCUGCAGAAGCUUCUCAAAUGGAAGAAGUUGAUUAAAUUUAAUGAUAACAGUCCACUUUAACAUAAAUAAAUAAUUCAAAAAGGACAGUUUUUAAUUGCUUCUAUUUUAUAUUUCAACUCAAUCUAUUGUAUAGUUAUGUGUACUGCAUGGAAUUUGAUUUGCAAAUGCUUGGGCAUGUUGUGUGAUGUAAUUUAGAAUACGAAAAAUUUAUUAUAUAUAAUAAAAUUAUGAUUUACUGCUACUCUUAAUUU